AUGGUCGGCGCGGGCUCGCGCGAGCCGCGGGCGCUGCUCGUCGCGCUCGGCUCGACUCUCGCGCAGCUGCGGCGGGAGGAGGCGGCGGGCGGUGCCGAUGACGCGGGCGCGGCGGUGGCGCUGCGAGCGGUGCAGCUGUACGCCCCUCUCGCGCAGACGGUGGGGCUCGCGCCGCUCGGUUGCGAGCUCGAGGCGGUCUCGUACCGCCGCCUCUUCCCAGGACACGUCUCCCGCCUGGGCGCGUGGUUCGACGCCGUCUGGCCGGACGCGCACCAGCUGCUGCCCCGGCUGAUCGCCGAGCUGCGAGCCGCCGUCGAGGAGGCGCCGUCGCUGCACGGGCUGCUGGCGGAGCUGCUGCGCGACGUGGACGACGUCGAGGCGGUGCGGGACGUGCUCGCGCUCCGGCUCGUGCUGGCGCCGUCGGUCGGCGCGGCCGCCGAGCUGGCCGCCAGCCUGGAGCAGCCGACCCUCUCUCGCCCCGAGGCGGAGGCGCUCCUCUGCUACGCCGCCUACAAGCAGGUCGUCACGCGCUGGCGCGAGGAGCCGGGCCGCUUCAAAGACUUUGUGCGGCUCCCCGACGGCCGGCUGGUCGAGGUGCAGGUCCGCUCCGAGGCGAUGCACGAGGCGGCCGAGCGAGGGGCCGCGGCGCACGGCCUCUACAAGGGCGGCGUCGACACGCCUGCGCUGCUCCUGCCCGAGGCGGCGGCGACCAUCGAGACGCUUCGCGCGCUUCCGGGGAUUCUUGAUCGUGGUGUUAAAGGUUGUGACUUCUUACUGUCGUUGCUGUUUCUCGACUGCCUGUGCUUCGGCACCAAGCGGGACUGGUACUCGCUAGGCGCAGAAAUUCCGCGAUCAUCAACUUGCGUGGGCCACAGCAGGACGCGCACAGGCUGGCAUAAGCGCACCACCACCAUGCCGAGCCGGGAGGUGCUCAAGGAGCUGCAGGAGGAGUGCCUGGCGGACGACGUCGAGCUGCCAGAAAAUGCGGACGCGUGGACUGUCUCCGAGGCUCGCGAGUACUUUGAGAGCGGCGGCACGUCACGGCCAGGCCAGCCCGCGUGUGUGCCGGCGGCAGGUGAGAAAGAGAGCAACCUCCAGAUCCGCUGGGCGGUGGACACGGCAGAGUGGGACCCGCAAGAGGCGGAGUGGGAGGUGCUGCUGCGCACGCUCCCCGAGGAGGAGGCCACGCGCGUGAUGAAGUUUCACUUCCGCGACGACCAGAAGCGCGCGCUCGUCUCGCGGCUGCUCCAGCGUCACGCGUGCGCCCGCUACCUCUCUCUGCCGCACGGCGAGGUGCAGAUCCUCCGCACUAAGGGGCGCAAGCCGUACCUCGCCUCGCCGCACUCCUCGCCGCUCGAGGAGGCGCCCAACUGGAACUUCAACGUGUCGCACGAGGGGAGCUUCGUCAUCCUCGCCUCCGAGCCCACCCUCCUGUGCGGCGCCGACGUCGCGGCGCCGAGCCAGCUGCGGCGCGGGAGGCAACAGUCGGUGGAGGACUUGUUCGAGGUGAUGCGCGACAACUUCACAAAGGCGGAGUGGGCGCAGGCGCGCGGCGACGGGCUCGGCUUCAAGUUUUCGCGCUGCGAGUUUGCGCUCGGAGGAGGCCGCCACCCGGCGCGAGGCGAGCCGCACAAGAAGGUCGAGCUGGCGAGCGUGCGCGUCGACGGGGCGGCGCGGCCCGAGUGGCGCUUCUACAUCCAGUCGCUGCGAGACGACCACAUGGUCUCCAUCGCGCGCGGCCCUCCCGCGGACGCAGUCGACGCGCUCGGAGGCUUCACGGCGACCUUCCGCCAGCGGGACGUGAGCGAGGAGCAGCUGCGCGAGGGGCACGCGAAUCCCGAGCCGCUCUUCUCCAUGGUGCGGGUGGAGGACCUGCUCCCGGCCGAAGCCCGCGAGGAGGUACUGCAGGCCAGGAGGGUGUGA